AAAAUAUAAUAAGUGGCUCCGCUCGGGUUCCACAGUGGACAUCUAUGCUGCGAGCCGGUAGACGACAGAGCACUCGUCUUACGGGAUUGGCCCGCGGACUUUCACAGCGGAGAUUCCAAUCUCACAAUGUAGAGGAAGAAUAUAUGAUGGAUGUGAGCAAUUUGCCAGCCCGAUGGAACAACCUCCCCGGAGACACACAGCAAGACAUUAUCAACUAUCUGAGGGUAAAACAAGAGUUUGGAUGGACGUACCUCACCCCAGACGAGAAACGAGCCAUAUACUACAUCAGCUAUGGUGAAUGGGGCCCUCGUGAUGCGAAAAGCAUGGGGGUUCCCGACCUAGUGUUCAAGAUCAUGUCCAGUUCCAUUCUGUUUGGAGUCGUUGGCUUCACGCUGAUCAACUACGCACGCGAUCAAACUGAUGAGGAAUGAUUAUGUCAGCCUGGGAGGCAGAGAAAGCGUUGUAUAUAUGCAUUGCUAAAAAUAACUAUCAGAACCACGUUACUACAGUGCUAUGUAAUGUGCUAAAUCGAAAUCCUCACUAAAA